UAUGACGCUACAACAUUGGCACACCUGUUCCUCCCAUUCUUCUCUGCAGAUCCUCUCAAGCUCUGUCAAGUUGGAUGGGGAGCUUCGCUGCACAGAUAUUUUCAGGUCUCUUCAGAGAUGUUUGAUCGGGCUCUGGCUGGGCCACUCAAGGACAUUCAGAGACUUGUCCCGAAACCACUCCUGCAUUGUCUUGGCUGUGUGCUUACUGUAGAUUCGCUGUACUUUUGGAAGGUGAACCUUCGCCCCAGUCUGAGGUUCUGAGCGCUCUGGAGCAGAUUUUCAUCAAGGAUCUCUCUGUACUUUGCCCUGUUCAUCUUUCCCUCGAUUCUGACUAGUUUCCCAGCUAGCACAGGGGAUCUGGGCCGAUUCCGGUUGAGAGUUGGGGCACUCGGCUGAGAGCCAGACUCGGCCGACGUCAUGUGGUCUGAGUCUGGCCCGCCUUCGGCAGUAUUACUUAUGGCUAGGAUGCGGGGAUUGAGCUCGGGCCGAUUCUGGUGAGUUAUCUGGCCCAAAUAUAUUACUUGUGGCUCGGGCCGAUUGUGGCUACUCUCUGACAGAUGAUUAACAUUUCAUUAUUGAUGUAUUUUUCCAUAAAAUGGUAGUUCAAAUAGAAUUGAUACGGAAGACAAACUACUUUUAGAUUUCAGCAUUGAAAGUCAUUUGCGCAGUUGGUAUUCCAACUGUCAUAAACUGUCACUAGAACUCAUCAAGACGGUAGAUACCCCUAUUGUUAAGAUGGAAACAAAAUAGCUAGCCAGCUAAUUAUUGUUAUUUUGUGACAGUUCUAACGUUAAAGGUAAUCUAUUUAUUAUAUUUUGUUUGUGGUAUCGUUUGCUAAAUGGUCUGGUAAAAUUAUCGCGGAGUCAGAGUUCGUUCACGUUAUGUGUUUCUGUGAUUGUGUUUACAAUAUAACGUUAAACUUCAACAGUAAAUAAUAUUUGUUAUCCAAUUUGGACAUUAAGUAACUGGGUAAUUUUUGUAAUAAUACAGUUGAAGUCGAAUGUUUACAUACACUUAGGUUGGAGUCAUAACAACUUAUUUUUCAACCACUCCACAAAUUUCUUGUUAACAAACUAUAGUUCUGGCAAGUCGGUUAGGACAUCUACUUUGUGUAUGACACAAGUCAUUUUCCCAUCAAUUGUUUACAGAGAUUAUUUCACUUAUAAUUCACUGUAUCACAAUUCCAGUGGGUCAGAAGUUUACAUACACUAAGUUGACUGUGCCUUUAAACAGUUUGGAAAAUUCCAGAAAAUGAUGGCAUGGCUUUAGAAGCGUCUAACAAGCUAAUUGACAUCAUUUGAGUCAAUUGUAGGUGUACCUGUGGAUGCAUUUCAAGGCAUACCUUCAAACUGAGUGACUCUUUGCUUGACAUCAUGGGAUAAUCGAAAUAAAUCAGCCAAGACCUCAGAAAAAUAAAAUGUAGUCUGGUUCAUCCUUGGGAACAAUUUCCAAACGACUGAAGGUACCACGUUCAUCUGUACAAACAAUAGUACGCAAGUAUAAACAUCAUGGGACCACGCAGCCGUCAUACCACUCAGGAAGGAGAUGCCUUCUGUCUCCUGGAGAUGAACGUACUUUGGUGCGAAAAGUGCAAAUCAAUCCCAGAACAACAGCAAAGGACCUUGUGAAGAUGUUUGAGGAAACAGGUACAAAAGUAUAUAUAUUUUCACGUCCUGACCAUAGAAAGCCUUUAUUUUCUAUGGUAGAGUAAGUCAGGGUGUGACUAGGGGUUUAGUCUAGUUUAUAUUUUCUAUGUGGGGUUCUAGUUUGUUUUUUCUAUGUUGCUGUUUUGGUAUGAUUCCCAAUUAAAGGCAGCUGGCUAUCGUUGUCUCUAAUUGGGGAUCAUAUUUACGUAGCAUUUUUCCACCUGUGUGUUAUGGGAUAUUGUUUUGAGUUAGUGCACAUAGCACCUCUAUAGUUACGGUUUGUUCGUUUAUUGUUUCGUUUUGUUAAGUUUCACUAAUAAUAAAGUAUGUGGAACUCAUAUCGCGCCGCGUUUUGGUCCGUCUCUACAAACGAACGUGACAGAAUUUCCAACAGGACCAAGCAGCGUGCCCAGGAGGAGAAGACAUUCUGGACUUGGGAGGAAAUUGUGGCUGGAGACGAAAAGCCUUCCGUGGAAGCAGAUGCAGGGAGAGAAGGGAGGACAGCGAUGACACCGUGGUUUGCGGCCACAGAAAGCCCAAGGACAACCUUGGGGGGCCACAAAGGGUGGUCGGCGGAAUGGGAUUGAUUUGCACUUUUCGCGUCCUGUGCCUGCUCCACACUCUCCCUCAAGUGCGCCUUCCCAGUCCUGUAUGUCCUGUGCCUGCUCCUCGCAAUCGCCCUGAGGUGCGUGUCACCAGUCCAGGGCCACCUGUGCCGGCCCCACGCAUUAGGCCUCCGGUGCGCCUCCCCAGUCCAGAUCUUCAGGCGACGGUCCCCACACUGUCCGGAACCUCCUGAGACGGUCCACUGUCCGGAAUCUCCUGAGAUGGUCCACUGUCCGGAAUCUCCUGAGACGGUCCACUGUCCGGAACCUCCUGAGACGGUCCACGGUCCGGAACCUCCUGAGACGGUCCACGGUCCGGAACCUCCUGAGACGGUCCACGGUCCGGAACCUCCUGAGACGGUCCACGGUCCGGAACCUCCUGCGACGGUCAACGGUCCGGAACCUCCAGCUCCGUGGCUGGAGCUUUCCCCUGCGCCGAUGCCCAUUCUGAGCAUGGCGUCCAGUCCAGCUCCAAGGCAGGAGCCUUCUUCUGCACCGAGGUCCAGUCCAGGUACAGUAUUCAGCCUGGGUCCAUGGCUGGAUCCGCGGGAUGAGCGGGUUCUUCGGCCUGCACCAGAGCCACCACCAAAGAUGGUGGAACCGAGAGCUGAGCGGAUUCUUCGUCCCGCACCAGAGCCGCCCCCGAUGCUGGCAGGUCCGCGGGAUGAGCGGGUACUUCACCCCACACCAGAGCCGCCACCGACACUAGACAUCUCCCCUAACUCUCCCUUUUUGUUUCAGGUUUUGCGGUCGGAGUCCGCACCUUUGGGGGAGCCGCUGAGGAAAUGUUGUUCAAAUCAAAUCAAAUGUAUUUAUAUAGCCCUUCUUACAUCAGCUGAUAUUUCAAAGUGCUGUACAGAAACCCAGCCUAAAACCCCAAACAGCAAGCAAUGCAGGUGUAGAAGCACAGUGGCUAAGAAAAACUCCCUAGAAAGGCAAAAACCUAGGAAGAAACCUAGAGAGGAACCAGGCUAUGAGGGGUGGCCAGUCCUCUUCUGGCUGUGCCAGGUGGAGAUUAUAACAGAGCAUGGCCAAGAUGUUCAAAUGUUCAUAAAUGACCAGCAUGGUCAAAUAAUAAUAAUCACAGUAGUUGUCGAGGGUGCAACAAGUCAGCACCUCAGGAGUAAGUGUCAGUUGACUUUUCAUAGCCGAUCAUUGAGAGUAUCUCUACCGCUCCUGCUGUCUCUAGAGAGUUGAAAACAGCAGGUCUGGGACAGGUAGCACGUCCGGUGAACAGGUCAGGGUUCCAUAGCCGCAGGCAGAAGAGCAGCAAGGCCAGGUGGACUGGGGACAGCAAGGAGUCAUCAUCAUCAUGCCCGGUAGUCCUGACGCAUGGUCCUAGGGCUCAGGUCCUCCGAGACAGAGAAAGAAAGAGAGAAGGAGAGAAUAAGAGAGAGCAUACUUAAAUUCACACAGGACACCGGAUAAGACAGGAGAAGUACUCCAGAUAUAACCUAGCCCCCGACACAUAAACUACUGCAGCAUAAAUACUGGAGGCUGAGACAGGAGGGGUCAGGAGACACUGUGGCCCCAUCCGAUGAUACGCCCGGACAGGGCCAAACAGGAAGGAUAUAACCCCACCAACUUUGCCAAAGCACAGCCCCCACACCACUAGAGGGAUAUCUUCAACCACCAACUUACCAUCCUGAGACAAGGCCGAGUAUAGCCCACAAAGAUCUCCACCACAGCACAAACCAAGGGGGGGCGCCAACCCAGACAGGAAGAUCACGUCAGUAACUCAAACCACUCAAGUGACGCACCCCUCCUAGGGACGGCAUGAAAGAGCACCAGUAAGCCAGUGACUCAGCCCCUGUAAUAGGGUUAUUAGCAGAGAAUCCCAGUGGAGAGAGGGGAACCGGCCAGGCAGAGACAGCAAGGGCGGUUCGUUGCUCCAGAGCCUUUCCGUUCACCUUCACACUCCUGGGCCAGAGUACACUCAAUCAUAUGACCUACUGAAGAGAUAAGUCUUCAGUAAAGACUUAAAGGUUGAGACCGAGUCUGCGUCUCUCACAUGGGUAGGCAGACUAUUCCAUAAAAAUGGAGAUCUUUAGGAGAAAGCCCUGCCUCCAGCUGUUUGCUUAGAAAUUCUAGGGACAAUUAGGAGGCCUGCGUCUUGUAAACGUAGCGUACUUGUAGGUAUGUACGGCAGGACCAACUCGGAAAGAUAGGUAGGAGCAAGCCCAUGUAACGCUUUAUAGGUUAACAGUAAAACCUUGAAAUCAGCCCUUGCCCAGGAAGCCAGUGUAGGGAAGCUUGCACUGGAGUAAUAUGAUCAAAUUUCUUGGUUCUAGUCAGGAUUCUAGCAGCCGUAUUUAGCACUAACUGAAGUUUAUUUAGUGCUUUACCCGGGUAGCCGGAAAGUAGAACAUUGCAGUAGUCUAACCUAGAAGUAACAAAAGCAUGAAUUAAUUUUUCUGCAUCAUUUUUGGACAGAAAAUUUCUGAUUUUUGCAAUGUUACGUAGAUGGAAAAAAGCUGUCCUUGAAACAGUCUUGAUAUGUUCUUCAAAAGAGAGAUCAGGGUCCAGAGUAACGCCGAGGUCGACUUUACAACCAUCAAGAUUAAUUGUCAGAUUUAACAGAUUAUCUCUUUGUUUCUUGGGACCUAGAACAAGCAUCUCUGUUUUGUCCGAGUUUAAAAGUAGAACGUUUUCAGCCAUCCACUUCCUUAUGUCUGAAACACAGGCUUCUAGCGAGGGCAAUUUUGGGGCUUCACCAUGUUUCAUUGAAAUGUACAGCUGUGUGUCAUCCGCAUAGCAGUGAAAGUUAACACUAAACACUAAACAAACUAACAAAAUAGCAAACGAACCAUGAAGCUAUACAAAAAUGAGUGCUGACAGGCAACUACACAUAGACAUACAACCCAUAAAAUACCCAAGGAAUAUGGCUCCCUAAAUAUGGUCCCCAAUCAGAGACAACAAUAAACAGCUGCCUCUGAUUGAGAACCAAUCUAGGCAACCAUAGACAUAUAAGUACCUAGACUAGAAAAAACCAUAACAUACAAAACCCCCAAGACAAUACAAAAUGUAAACAAACCACCCUUGUCACACCCUAACCUAACCAAAUAAUAAAGAAAACUAAGACAACUAAGGUCAGGGCGUGACACAGCCACCACAGCUUCCCUGUAUAUGUUGUCGUCCACCAGGGUGUGUCGGAUUUCUUUGAGUUUCUUGUGGAUGUAGAUCCUCUCCUCCAGUUCAUGUAGGAAAGCCUCGGUUACCCCGUAAACUCUGGGAAUAGACGGCACAAGACCCAUAGACUCCAGGGCUCUGACCAGCGAAGGGAUAAACCUGCAGGACCACAGUCUUUUCACCAGCUCCUCAAAAUGGUUGAAGAAGUAGUAUCUUGGGGGCUUGUAUAAACACAGAUGAUGGCGCUGGCUGGGGUGAUUGAUCUCAAAACCUAUGCAUUUUCUCUUAUAUUCUCUCCAAUCACCAUGUCUAAAAGUGGCUACAGAGGCCUUGAUGGUGUCCACAAAAAUAGUACUGACCACCCCAUCAAACACAUCCUCAGGCUGUGUACAUGUUUGUGGUGUCGGGGGUCUUGCCAGGGGGGAGUAGAAUGGUGGGCUUCGAGGCAUAGAGUCCUUAGGUUCUGGCACCCAUGACGUAUCGGAGUCGUGGUAUGUUGUAUGAAUAUCCAUGGUAUAUGCUGAAAUGAAGAACCGGAGGCUUUAUGGGCACUCCUUUUAUUAUUGAACCAGUCCUUUGGUAUCAGGGCGUGGUAUCAGGGUGUGGUAUCGGGGCGUGGUAUCAGGGCGUGGUUAACGCAGCCACGUACUUAGUUUUCUUUGGGGGCUGACCCUUCUGAGGAUGUCCCUUCUUGGGGUUCUUUUGAAUCAUAAUCCUCAGGAUUCGUAUAUACACUGCUCAAAAAAAUAAAGGGAACACUUAAACAACACAAUGUAACUCCAAGUCAAUCACACUUCUGUGAAAUCAAACUGUCCACUUAGGAAGCAACACUGAUUGACAAUCAAUUUCACAUGCUGUUGUGCAAAUGGAAUAGAAAACCGGUGGAAAUUAUAGGCAAUUAGCAAGACACCCCCAAAAAAGCAGUGGUUCUGCAGGUGGUGACCACAGACCACUUCUCAGUUGCUUUGCUUCCUGGCUGAUGAUUUGGUCACUUUUGAAUGCUGGCAGUGCUUUCACUCUAGUGGUAGCAUGAGACGGAGUCUACAAUCCACACAAGUGGCUCAGGUAGGGCAGCUCAUCCAGGAUGGCACAUCAAUGCGAGCUGUGGCAAGAAGGUUUGCUGUGUCUGUCAGCGUAGUGUCCAGAGCAUAGAGGCGCUACCAGGAGACAGGCCAGUACAUCAGGAGACGUGGAGGAGGCCAUAGGAGGGCAACAACCCAGCAGCAGGACCGCUACCUCAGCCUUUGUGCAAGGAGGAGCAGGAGGAGCACUGCCAGAGCCCUGCAAAAUGACCUCCUGCAGGCCACAAAUGUGCAUGUGUCUGCUCAAACGGUCAGAAACAGACUCCAUGAGGGUGGUAGAGGGCCCGAUGUCCACAGGUGGGGGUUGUGCUUACAGCCCAACACCGUGCAGGACGUUUGGCAUUUGCCAGAGAACACCAAGAUUGGCAAAUUCGCCACUGGCGCCCUGUGCUCUUCACAGAUGAAAGCAGAUUCACACUGAGCACAUGUGACAGACGUGACAGAGUCUGGAGACGCCGUGGAGAACGUUCUGCUGCCUGCAACAUCCUCCAGCAUGACCGGUUUGGCGGUGGGUCAGUCAUGGUGUGGGGUGGCAUUUCUUUGGGGGGCCGCACAGCCCUCCAUGUGCUCGCCAGAGGUAGCCUGACUGCCAUUAUGAGAUGAGAUCCUCAGACCCCUUGUGAGACCAUAUGCUGGUGCGAUUGGCCCUGGGUUCCUCCUAAUGCAAGACAAUGCUAGACCUCAUGUGGCUGGAGUGUGUCAGCAGUUCCUGCAAGAGGAAGGCAUUGAUGCUAUGGACUGGCCCGCCCGUUCCCCAGACCUGAAUCCAAUUGAGCACAUCUGGGACAUCAUGUCUCGCUCCAUCCACCAAUGCCACAUUGCACCACAGACUUUCCAGGAGUUGGCGGAUGCUUUAGUCCAGGUCUGGGAGGAGAUCCCUCAGGAGACCAUCCGCCACCUCAUCAGGAGCAUGCCCAGGCGUUGUAGGGAGAUCAUACAGGCACGUGGAGGCCACACACACUACUGAGCCUCAUUUUGACUUGUUUUAAGGACAUGACAUCAAAGUUGGAUCAGCCUGUAGUGUGGUUUUCCACUUUAAUUUUGAGUGUGACUCCAAAUCCAGACCUCCAUGGGUUGAUAAAUUUGAUUUCCAUUGAUAAUUUUUGUGUGAUUCUGUUGUCAGCACAUUCAACUAUGUAAAGAAAAAAGUAUUUAAUAAGAAUUUUUCAUUCAUUCAGAUCUAGGAUGUGUUAUUUUAGUGUUCCCUUUAUUUUUUUGCGCAGUGUAUCAUGCACUUCCUUAGCCGAACAAUGCUCUGCCGCUGUCGGCUAUGUACAAAAAGAGCAUCCAACAACUCUAACAUUUUCAAUUCCAUUAGAUCCCAACUUUUAAAAGGAAUAAGCAUUCGCAACCUAAAAUCCCCAGUCAGGCCACCAUCACGAAUGUUUUGGUUGCGGGUUUCCUCGUUGCUGAUAUAGAACUCCACGCACCCACAUGGAAGUCCAUUCUUUCUUUUUUAUUUUCACCGUGUGAAAUACUCUUCCUGAGGAGCCAGGGGUACCUUCCCAACGGGUCUCGUAGCCCGUGAACACGCUAUACCCCUUUGUGAUAACUCUCAGUUCGGGACACACCACCUUGCGAAAAACCUUCCAGUCUUCAAGCCCAUAGUCCACUCCUAAAGUCUGGUCUGUAUUUUCUUCUCCUUCGGCUACGGUAUAGAGUUUCACUCUACAGGCCUGGUAAUCAAACUGAUAACCCCAUUGCUGUCCAUUAGACAUCAUCACUUGAUCUUUCAGCACCGUUGCAGGCGGUAUUUGUUCUAUACACAUUUGGAAACCGCUUUUUUGGCCAAUCGUAUAUUGCUGCUUUAUACGCGGACCUUUCUCUAUGUUUCAACCGAGGUCCUGCUUCCGUUAUUACGGUCAUCGCUGCUUUACUGCUGCUCACAAAAUCCAUGUUUAAUUUCUUUAGUGGUUUAUUGUGGUCGCUUGUGUUGUUCUGGGUCUUAUUUAUAAUGUGUCUUCCCCCAACCCAAUACCCCCAGGACAUUCCUGCUUCAUAGACAACAGCCCUAAGGGCAAUAAAAUAGGGGGUGUCUGGCUAUCCUCUUUGAAAUGUUCAAACACAUCCCCCCCUCAACGAGGUCCCUACACAUCAAUCAUCAUGACAACUUCAAAGGAAUAGAUGCAAUAUAUGCAUAAAUUAACACACACUCUAACACAUGACAACAGGAACAGGAUGCACUUAUAUGGGCAUAAUCACGUGAUAACUUCCAGCCAGGAUGUCCUGACCGGAUGCCCAUAUUUGGGCAUGCACACGUCAUCCGGACAUAGGGUCAUAAAUCAAACGUUUGACGCGUGCCGUCUACUGUAUUCUCUCUCUGGAGCCAAUGGAAAAGUUUUCACUCAAGGGCCAGUCAAACACCUCUAUGGGUUUGCCACCUGCACCAGUUAUCAGACCUCCAGUGGACAGAAGAGAGACACCUGGGAAUUCUGAUCGGCCAACAAGGCUUGAGCCAAACAUUCAACAACAGCAGCAGCCAGUGUGUGAUCCAAUUCUUCGUGAGAUCUUAACCUCCAUAGAAAUGAUUGAGCAACAGAAAAAGCCGAUUGUGUUGCAGCUUCAAAAGCUUCAGGCGAACAGAUCAACACUGGAUGAGGUUCCAGAUUUGACAGACCUUCGACUUCCAAUGUCCUCGCUGGAAGACAUGAGGAGAGUUGAGGACCAUAUAUUUGGGACUGUCUGGAGGGAUGAACACCAAGGAGAAUGUGUGGAGAAUCCUCUCAAAACUCCUUACAAAUGGCCUGGCCAUGAAAAUGAAUUGGAGAGGGGCCAAUGGGAAACAGGCUUUUGAACCUCUUGCCUUAAAAAGUGUUGUUAUCGGUGCUGUGCAUCGCAGCCAUUCUGAAGUUCCUGAUGUGAAGGUAGAAAAAUAAAUAAAAUGAUGGAUGCAGCUAGCCGCUGACAGAGAUGGAUGGAGAAAAGUAGAGAGCGAGUGAGAAGUGACCAGACCGUGGAGGAGUGAUGGAGAAAACUGAAUGACUACCAUAGCUUAAAUAGAAAGAAAUCUUAAUUCAUUAAUAAAAUUAUAUGAAUCUUUCAUGUUUAAGUAGUAUUUUGGUGUUUUGAUACUUUGUUGAAGGCAAUUGAUCAUCGUUAAAACUUUGUGGAUGGGUAUAAUUUGUAUGUAUAAAAUGUAUAAUAGUAAUAUUUAAAAUGACUAAAUCGGGUAAUUUUGUGUACAUUUAUUUAAAUUUGCAUCGGGCCACUUCUGCGUGGAUUCUGGUAAAAUUCCGGUAGACGGAAACGGGCCAAUGUACUUGGGCUGAUUCUGUGCAGUCAAUCAUUUUGAUUCUGGGCCGAGUCCGACACCUGAUUCCGGGCGGAUUCAAUCAGUUCCGGCCCCCCAAAAGAGGGCCACUUCUGCGCCGAUUCCUCAUUGCUAGCUGGGUUCCUAGUCCCUGCUGCUGAAAAACAUCCCCACAGCAUGAUGAUGCCACCACCAUGCUUUACCAUAGGGAUGGUGCCAGGUUUCCUCCAAGUUCAAUCUUGGUUUCAUCGGACCAGAGAAUCUUGUUUCUCAUUGUCUGAGAGUCCUUUAGGUGCCUUUUGGCAAACUCCAAGCGGGCUGUCAUGUGCCUUUCACUGAGGAGUGGCUUCCGUCUGGCCACUCUAUCAAAAAGGCCUGAUUGGUGGAGCGCUGCACAGGUGGUUGUUCUUCUGGAAUGUUCUCCCAUCACCAUAGAGGAACUCUGGAGCUCUGUCUGAGUGACCAUCAGGUUCUUGGUCACAUCCUUGACCAUGGUCCUUCUCCUCCGAUUGCUCAGUUUGGGCUGGGCGGCCAGCUCUAGGAAGAGUCUUGGGGGUUCCAAACGUCUUCCAUUUAAGAAUGAUGGAGGCCACUGUGUUCUUGGGGACCUUCAAUGCUGCAGAAUUGUUUUGGUACACUUCCCCAUAUCUGUACCUCGACACAAUCCUGUCUUGGAGCUCUACGGAAAAUUCCUUAGACCUCAUGGCUUGGUUUUUGUCUAUAUAAAGGUGUGACCUUUUAUAUAGACAGGUGUGUGCCUUUCCAAAUCAUGUCCAAUCAAUUGAAUUCACCACCGAGUCUCAUAGCAAAGGGUCUUAAUGCUUAUGUAAGUAAGGCAUUUCUGUUUAAUAUUUUUAAUAAAUGUACAAACAUUUCUAACAA